GGUAGCUAUUUUCGUAGAGGUAAAAUGUUUCGCCCGUCGCGGGUGGCCGGUUGGUUUGCAUUGCUUCAGUUUUGUGACUAAGUUUAUGGUCGUCGCAAUAUUUAUUAGUUUAUAUACGACUGAACCUGAUAAAAGCCAAUAGAGUGAUACUGCGCAGGUCGUAGCGUUAAAAAUUAAUCAAACGAGAUGGAUCCAGAAUCAGGAACCUCUACAGCUGCUGAAGGGCAAGAUUCAGCAAAACAGCAAUCGCUCUACACCGGUAUUCCACUUGCAAGGCGAAUACAAGAAGGAGCAUGGGGAAACUUUCAAAACAGAGGACGGAGGUCUAUGGAAAGGUUGAAAAAUAGAGUUUCUUCAAGAUUCAUGGGAAGACCAGUGAAUUUGUAUAUUAUGAUUCUCGUCGUGUUUUUUUCUAUAAUUGGAACUAUAAUAUAUGUGGAGCUUUUCCUGCGUCCGAACUGGAGAAAUGCUGAACAAGAUCUCAUAGAGCUGAUUGGCGAUUCAACAACGUUCAAACCAAUGUAAGAAAAACGCGCGUUUGAGGGACAACUUUUAUUGCAUGUGUCGCAGUUACAUUUUCGUUCAAUUUGUAUGAUUUUGUUAUUUAUAUAUAAAAUGCGUUAUAUAUUACACAUUGUUUGACAGUA